AUGCCACCAAGAAAACAAGAAACUCCAGCACCCACGUGCGGUAACCCUCUAUAUAAACAAUGGCUUGAGGAAAUGAUGGAGGAAGCAAAAGCCAAAAAUACCAAUACAUACCAUACUUAUAAAAAGGCUUGUGAUUCAAUUUCCAAAUAUCCAUUGGGUUUUACACACCCUUCUGAAGCCUCAAUUUUAAAAGGAAUUGGUCCUGGCAUUUGUGCAAAAUUGGAGAAAAAACUUGAGGAGUAUUGUAAGCAGAAUCGACUACCUAUACCUAAGAAACCCGCCGCUUCGCCAAAUGCUAACUCAAAAUCCAAGAAGAGGAUAAUUGAUCAUAACAAUGACACGUCCGAAGUCAUACCGAAUGAUAGCUCAAAGCCCAAGGAGGAAAUAAUAAUUGAUCAAAGUGCUGACGCGCCGGAAAUCAACGAGCCUCCCCUUAAAAAACAGAAAAAAAAACCUACUUAUAUUCCUAAAUAUAGAUCUGGUAGCUACGCUAUUCUUCUUGGCCUCUACCUCGCUCACACCAAAAAUCCAAACAGCAAUGGCAUAACCAAACCUGAACUCAUCAAGAUUGCACAACAGUUCUGCGACUCAUCUUUUGACAUGCCACAAAACCCAAAGCAUCAUUAUACUGCAUGGGGUUGCAUGAAAACAUUACAAGAAAAAGAUCUAGUCUAUAAAGACGGAUGCCCUCAUCGAUUUACGUUGUCUGAGGCAGGACUAGAAAUUGCACAUCAAAUAGUAAAAACUACAAACUGUGUUUUCAUUGAUUUGGAUGUGAAUGCUAUACAGAAUGUGACAUCGAAGAACAUGCCUACUAAUGAUAUUGAUAAUGAUAUGACAAAUCCCAUCACGGUGACAACCAAUUCUGAUAAGAAAUUAUCAGAAUCCAGUGGAUGCUCAUCAAGUGCUUCACGUAGCGCGUUUCCUCCCUUUACUCCUGUUGAAUGGUUACCUGGUACUUUUGAAGUGAUUCUUCUUAUUGAUAAUCGUGAAAAGCGCAUGCAGCAAGAUCGUGAUUAUUUUCAACAACAGUUACAACAGAGAGAUAUAAAUACUCAAACAAGAUCGCUCGAGUUGGGAGAUAUGAUCUGGAUAGCACGAAGGAAUCUUGAGGAAACUGUAUUGGGCUAUAUAAUGGAAAGAAAACGAAUGGAUGAUUUAGUAAUGAGUAUAAAAGAUGGUCGCUUCAAAGAACAAAAGUUUCGUCUUUCAAAAGCUGGCGCGAAACAAGUGAUCUAUUUAAUUGAAGAUUAUAAUAUGGAGGAAGCUGAAAAAUAUGGAAUGCAAGCUAUUGAAACAGCAAUGUCCGAGACUCAGGUUAUAAACGGCUUUUUCUUAAAAAGAACGAAAAAUAUUGAGCAGACAGUUGACUAUCUAGCUGCGUUAACAAGAAGAUUUAAAUCUAAGUACGAGAGUCAAUCACUGUUUAUUAUUCCUAAUAACGUCAUAUUUCGCAAUACCUUUCUGGAUUUGAAACGGUAUUUAGCCAAAUUACAUCCUGAACGCUCAUAUCACAUUUCCUACGAAAUGUAUUCAGAAAUCAAUAGCAAGCGUGCAUCAUUAACAGUACGCGAUACUUUUGUGAAGAUGCUUAUGACGAUUAAAGGAGUAAGCGCUGAGAAAGCUUUAGAAAUCGUGAAAAAAUAUCCAACACCAUUCCAAUUUGUGAAAGCCUUGGAAUGUUUGCUGGACGAAAAUGAUCAAAAGAAAAUGUUGAGUGAUGCUACCAGUUUUGAAAUUGGCAGGAAAAAAAUACAACCUGUCCUAAGUGGAAAAAUCGCUCAUAUUUGGUGUGCGGACGAAUAUUAA